AUGACUUCCAUGGACAGCCCGGCCUUUGCUUCCCCUACCAAGGUGGAUGCACGCAAUGAAUUUUGGCGACAUCAGCACGAGGAACUACGCUCGGGUAUUCUACUCGUCAAACUGGCGCGCAUGAUUGAAGCGGAGGGCGUUGACGAAAACGCCAAUGACACCCCCGAAAACAAGCGCACCAAACGCCGCGUGGGCGACGGAACAGCCCGCCUCCGCUGUCGCGAGCCGGCCAACCACCCUGCCUUUGCUCGAGACAACGUCGAGCGCAACGAGAAGAAGGUGUUGAGUAUCAUUCUGGAAGUGGCCAAGUUUGCCGCCUACGUUGGCAUCGAAACGACCGAAAUGAUGAAACUGGAACUAGAGAUAGAAGCCGAGGAGGAGGAACAGGAUGAUGCAAGCGAUGCAAUCGCCAAUGGCAAGGAUGAUGACCUGGAGCUCGGCGAGGACUCUGAGAGCGGGCUCAUUGACGAGACGGACGACGGCGAUGAUGAUAACGACGCUGAUGGCAAUGAGACUGAUGAUCCUCUGGGCGGCGAUGUUGUUCCGGCCCAGACUCUUGGCUUGGACGAAGCGGAUCGCCAGCUGUCAUGCAACCUCGAGCUCAUCAUGACAGACGGCGACGUGGAUUUGUGGAUUCUUGAUGACAUCACCUGGUUUGCUGACCGGCUCAUUGUCAAUAUCCCCGACCUGGUGUUGCUCAAGCGCAUGACGAUUGCCACUGCAGCUGAAGAUACACUUGGCGAAUUCGAGCUUUCAGCCACGCCCUUUGAAGAAGCCCAACUGUUCAGCCCAGUGCCGAUGGCCGACAAGCCGUUCUCGGCAGCUUCCAAACUCAUUUCCUUUCCUGACGGGAUCUUGGCUCGUCGCCUGCAGCUCCGUCCCAAAUCCUGGAGUGCGCCCUUUCGAGCCACACUCAUGUUUCAUGGACAACAACCCGGGCAUUUGGCCUCUACCCUACGUGCCGAUGACGCAUCGAAUGCCCCGAGCUGUUCAGCUAGCCAGGCGGGGCAAGACGAGGAGCACGCGGCUGGUCCGGUGCAGCUCGUCGUCAGUAGCGACAUUGGUGACACUCAUUCCUAUGCCUGGCUCCGGCGCCAGACCAGAGAGCAAUUUUGGCAUGCUAACACGGCCGAGGACACCCAGCCUUGGGUCGAGCUACGCCUCGAGCAUCGCAUGGAGCUUCAACAUCUUUACGUCUUGGCCGGCGCCAAUGAAGACAACGUGGCCUAUUCGCUGCGGAUUCAAGUUCGCAUGACACCAAACGGCCCGUGGCAAGCGUUUCAAUGCUUGGACAGCGACAUUGCAGGCGUGGUGGAUGUACACGAGGAUGUCCGCUGCUCGAACCGUCUCUUGACCUUGGAUCCGCACCAAAUACCAUGCCACGUCGCAGCGGUUCGUGUCCAAGCCAUUGAUUGGACGGGCGUGCCGGCGCUGGCCCUCGAUGCUUUAUUGGUGGAACCUGCCACGGGAACUCUGCUUGAUCCAGAGGACGACGACAUCAUGUCUCGCGCUUUGACGCCUUUUGGGGACGCUCUUAGCGAUGAAGCCGUAUUUGCCGAUAUGGAAGCCGCCCGUGCUCUCUUGUCUCGUCUACGGAGCUCCAAUGAGCAGAUGAAUCAACUCUUACACGCUGUUGAUGCCACUGAGCAUGGUCAAAUCCCACCAGCCAACAAGGGUAUACGCCAAGUUCUACACCAAGCCCAAGAACUGCUGGCUGGUAUGCACACAAGCACGCCUCGCUUCCUCGACCUCCUCGGUGACAAAACCAAUCGCAAGCGCAAAGAGAUUAUGCAGCGCGCCACGCAGUUUGCAGACGACUGCUCGGAAAGCAUGGAUGAUUUGUAUGCCGGUGCGCAGAGCCUUAUUGAACUGGUGCAGCGCUUACAGGGGCAACACGAUCUUAUGCUCCAGGCGGGCCAAGCCAUCUUGACCGAGUCUGACAUGCCCAGUGCCUCGACCAUUGAUGAGUUGGUCCAGCGCGUAGUUGCCUCUGGCUCAGAUAAAGCCUUUCAGCUUAGCAGCGACCUUCAGCUCCAAUUUGAACGAUUUCGGCAGACAUUUCCGGUUGUGGAAGUGCGCUUGCCGCAAUUCGAAACGUGUGCCAAAGUACUCGUGUCAAACAUGGACGAGGGCAGCGUCGAGCUUGAGCAGCUACUGGCUGCCAUGGAGGAGCUACUCAAUGAUCUGCGACAGCAGUUGGCUGCCACGGACGAGAGCAUGGCCACGCGAAUGCGCGACCGGCUUGCGCGCUUGAGUGAACGGCCCUCCGUGGCCUCAGAUGGUCCGCAUAAUUUAGAAGAGCUCUCGCAGCAGCAAGAUGUGGUUGCCUCACGUCUGCGUCGCUUCAUGACCGGCUUCAAGCUUCCCCGCUUCCCCAAGCUUGAUUGGAGCUGGGUGCGCGCCAAGGUUGAUACGAGCGCGCCAGCUAGCAUGAAGAUUAUCAAAAAGCGCAAGAAAAAGGCCGAGGGGCGAAAGCAACUGCACGAGCCCGUGCGUGUGACCCAGGUCCAUAGCCGUGUGGACACCGGCUUGUCUCGACGCGAAAGCGAUCUACUCAACCGCCGUACCUCCUCUGGCAUUCCCGGUGGAUGGAAGACCCUUGACUCGUGGUUGGGCGAGCACACCGCGCCGGGUGCUCGCCGAUGCCUGACCAAAACUGCAUCCGACCCUGCUCUGAAGGAUCGUACAUCCAAUGCUGCCAAAUUGACGCGGCGCUCCCUAACGCAGGCAGAGAUUCGCUUGAGCAGUGAUGCGCCACCGCCCCGCAUCGCGGAACCCGAGCGCCCAGCCUCGUCGCCGCUGCGCUCCUCUAUUUCUGCUUCUUCGGUCCAGCAGAGUCAAGAUGAGGAAGCGAGUGAAGACUUAGUUUCCCCCGAUGCCUUUACAGGUCUUGAUCGUGACGUGCUGCAUGAGAUUCACGGUCACGAGGAGGAUCACGCCACCAUGACGACGAACGCUGAAGAUGGUGCCCAUGGCACAAGUGCCAGCUCAGACGAGCCCGGUCUAGGGACGGAGAGGCUUGCAAGCCAAAACAUUAGCAAUGCGCCUGACGGGCGUGACAUGCUUAUCACACCCUCCGCUCCGCCAGCGCCGGCACCUCGUCCGAAGAAAAAGGCCCCCGUGCCGAUUCCAGCGCGAACCGCUCGCACCCCGCCGCCCGUGGCACCGCGACCCAGCAGCGCCCCUCGUCGCACUGUGCCUCUCGAUGAAGUGGAUGUGAAUGCUACUGACUUGAAGCAAGUUGAAGAAGAAACAAUCGAGGCGGCAGUGCCUCAACCUGAGGCAUUCGACCGAGUUCAGCCUGAACUAGAUGCAAUGCGAGCAGAAGCCGACCAAGCACAAGCUUCUUCCCCGCCACCACCCUCGACGCAGGGUGCAGGAUCGCCCAAGUCGCGAUCCAAGUCGCGCUCGGCGUCCGCUCGGGCUUCACCGAAAGCUUCACCCAAGGCCUCACCCAAGGCCUCACCCAAAGCCUCGCCCAAGAUUUCACCCAAAGCCCGACGCCGAUCGUCGACGCACUCAACUUCACCCAAGGCCCGACGCCGCCUAUCAAAGACUUCCCCAAAAAGUUUGACAAAGAGCUCACCCAAAGCGACUCGCCGCCUUAGUCUUACGAGCGCACAACCCGGGAGCACGUCAGCUGGCAAGACUACCAAGGCCAAGGCAAGCGGCAAAAGCACCGCUGCGACGGCCAAGGCACCAGCUACCCGGGUGCUUCGGGGCAGUCCGUCCAGUUCGGGUGUUGCGGCACAGCGUGCCAGCUCGAAACCUUCUCGCGGCACGGCAAGUGAUACUAGGCGACACUCGGCGCUCGCGGGAACUCGCGUCGCUGACAAGACGCUGGCUGCAACCACACCAUCCCCAAAAGUGCGCAGCGCCGGCUCUAGCCCCAAGGGCGUCCGCAAGGUGGGCACGACUUCGGCUAGCACAUUGCGAUCGGCCCAGAGCUCGGCCCAAAGCUCAGCCACAGCAUCCCCUCGGACGCCACGGACGAGUACACCGGGCACCGCAAAGGCUCGACCAAGGUCCUCACUGACGCCCGGCUCGAGCUCAACUCGUUCAUCGACCUCGGCCACUCCGACUGGAGCAAAUCGUCGCACGCCAACGGGGCGCAGCUCGGCCAACACCGUGACACGACCAAAAUCCAUGGCAAGCUCGCCGUCAAGCGCCCAGAACAAGACUUUGAGUGCAAACAGAACAACUGGCAAGGCCCGCCCCAAAUCUGCAAUCAUGGGCACAAGCAAAGCCAAGACCAGCGCGACGUCAAGUCCCGACGCACGCCGCAAGUCAGGGGUGGGAGCUGCACAAGCACAAAACAAGUGA